GAUUGCCUCAAAUUCCCAUUUUCUGUUGACCCAUUUUUCACGGCACCGCUGCCCCCUUGAGGAGAGGCAAAAUCUUUUUCAUUCAAACGUAGAACCGACUCACCCACGCAGGGAGAUUUUAAAACGCGCAUUGGGAUCUCGAGAUCGCCGAAGAGUUUGUUCACUCGCCGCCAUCGCCAGAGUCCCCGAGCAUCAGUGCCACUUACCGCCUGCCGCUUAAUGCCUGCCACUUUAUGCGUGUGACUUACCGCGUACGCCUCGCCAGCGCAGCUCCUUUAAAUCGACUGAGGCCCCUCACUGAACAUCAUGCCAAUUGGAGUCCACAGCGAAACAGGGAAAGCCGACCAAAACGCACAAGAGGAGAAGAGGCCAACCAGUGACCCGGGGGCCAACAGGGAAUAAUCAUAUUUGACACGAUUGCCCUCGAGAAGGAACCAUCACAGAAAAAAAAAGCGAACGAAAAUAAUACGUAGGGAAGGCAAGGAAAAAGAACCCCCGCAGAGAGAGUGAUAGUUACAGCUCCGCCUGCCGAUAAGAGGAAAGAAGGGAGUUCCUUAACUAGGCAUACACUUCGUUUUUACGAACUUUGCUGCCUCCAUUUUUUUUUUUCCUCCCUUUCAAUUUCAUUUAAAAUCUCCUUUCCCAUUCUGAUCGGCACGCUGCCACGAAUUGGUGAAUCUGUUGCCCCCCUGGACUUGCCACCCCCCUUCUUUAAAUAUGAAUAAUGAGCCCUUCAGCUUCAACGCGAACGCCCCGUCGUACUACCCCGGAAUGGCCUACCAGGGAGGAGGCGCCCCCGCGAGCCAGGAAGAGAAUGACGCAGACAACGGCUCCUCCUGCCCGGGCACAGAUAACACAGAGGACCCAGCUGUGACUGACGUGCAGGAGCAGCUGAAGAAAAUGGCCAUCAGUGAGGAGCCACCAGUGGAGCAAGACGAAGAAGAGGAACCCCCCACUGAUUUAGAAAAAAAAGACCAAGUGGAAGAUUCCCAAGGAGAAAAAGCAGAACAAGUGAAAAACAAUUUGAUUCAAGUAGACCCCAGACAUCACUUAAACAUUAUUUUUAUAGGACACGUAGAUGCAGGGAAGUCAACCGCCUGUGGGAAUAUCCUUUACAUUCUGGGGUACGUAGAUGAUAGGACCAUCGAAAAGUAUGAGCGAGAGGCCAAGGAGAAGAAUCGGGAGAGCUGGUUUUUGGCGUUCAUUAUGGACAUUAACGAAGAGGAGAGACAGAAGGGCAAAACCGUGGAGGUGGGUAGAGCCCACUUCGAGACCAAGGACAGGAGGUUCACAAUUUUGGAUGCGCCCGGGCAUAAGAACUUCAUUCCCAAUAUGAUUAGUGGCGCUGCGCAGGCGGACAUCGGCGUGCUGAUCAUUUCCGCGCGCAAGGGGGAGUUCGAGACGGGCUUCGAGCGCGGCGGCCAGACCCGCGAGCACACACUGCUCGCCAGGACGCUAGGCAUCAACCAACUGAUCGUGGCCAUCAACAAGAUGGACGACCCCACGUGCAACUGGAGCGAAGCGCGCUACGACGAAAUACAAAAGAAAAUAACCCCCUUCAUAAAGUCCUGCGGAUAUAACAUCAAUAAGGACGUCUACUUCGUGCCCAUCUCCGGGCUCACCGGGCAGAAUCUCUCCGAGCACGUCUCGGAUGAGAACUCAAAAAUAUACGACGCAAGGGCUAGUUGGUAUGACACAUCCAAGCCGACUUUAUUUCAAAUUCUAAACACGUUGCCACCCCCCCCCUGGGAUGAAAAGGGACCUCUAAGAAUCCCCCUCCUGGAAGGAUACAAAGACAACGGGAUCAUAGCCGUUGGGAAAAUAGAAUCUGGGACUCUGUAUGGAAAUAAUAUGAGCUGCACUUUGAUGCCAAAUAAGUUGAAAGUCAAAGUGCUCAAUGUCUGUUUGGAGGAGGAUGAAGUGCCCUAUGCCAAGCCGGGGGAAAAUGUUCGUGUGAAACUUCUAGGCGUAGAGGAGGAUCAAAUUAGCAAAGGAUUCGUCCUGUGCGAUUCGGUGAACCUCUGCUCCGUUGUUAGCGAGUUUAUAGGAAGGGUAGCCAUUGUGGAGCUCCUCGAACACAAGCCAAUCAUCACCGCGGGGUACUUCUGCAUCUUCCAUGCGCACACCACUUGUGAGGAGAUACAGUUCGUGGACAUGCUGGAGGUGAUUGAUAAGAAAACAAAAAAGAAAAAAAUAAAACCAAAGUUUAUUAAAAACGACUGCAUCGUCACUGCGCACUUCUUACUCUCCAACCCUGUGUGUAUUGAGGUGUAUGAAAAGCUUCCGCAGUUGGGGAGAUUCACCCUGCGCGAUCAAGGCAAAACCAUAGCCAUCGGGAAGAUACUCGAGCUGAAGGGCUAA